AGAUGGUCAGACACAGAUAGAGAGAGAGGACGUUAAUAAAUAAUAACAGGUGAACCCGACAUACAUUCUAGUCCUUAAAGAUAGAUGUUUCCAAGGAUCAGGUUCUCUACCUUACCUUUCCAAUUUCCUGUCUACAUUUCAGACUCUUCACUCUUUUCUCUUAAACCCCCAGAGAGGGAGAGAAACAAGAACAAGAUCAACUAGAACUAGAACAACAACUACGUACCAGUAGUACUAGGACUUUGAUAUUACUAUACCAUGGAUCCGUGUCCCUUCGUUCGUUUGUCGGUGGAAUCAAUGGCUCUGAAACUUCCCCAGGCGACUAGACCCGCCGGUUCAGGUGUCCACCCAUCGACCACCCCGUGCUUCUGCAAGCUCCGGAUCAAGAAUUUCCCAUCCCAAACUGCGCUUCUCCCUCUCUGCACCACGCCCGGUGACUCGUCACCCGACUCGAGCACCUCUUCUGCCGGCUUCCACCUCGAUCGCUCCGCCAUCCGCCGCCUCUCCGGGAAGUCCAUAACACUCCGCGUUUCCGUCUUUACCGGCCGCAUGGGCCGGACGUGCGGCGUCAGCGGAGGUAAGCUGCUGGGCCGGGUCCACGUCGGCAUUGACCUGGAGGGCACCGACGCCAGGCCCCGCGUGUUCCAAAACGGGUGGAUGAAGCUUGGGAACAAGCCGGACAAGCCCUCGGCUCGGAUUCAUAUAGUGGUCCGGUCAGAACCGGACCCCCGGUUCGUGUUCCAGUUUGGAGGUGAACCGGAGUGUAGCCCGGUGGUUUUCCAGAUUCAAGGGAACAUAAGGCAACCGGUUUUCAGCUGCACCUUCAGCGCGGAUCGGAACUCUAGAUCCAGGUCUCUCCCGUCAGAUUUUAACAACAGUACUAGUAGGGGAUGGAUGAGAAACUUUUCAGGAGAGAGGGAACGGUCAGGAAGGGAGAGAAAAGGGUGGAUGAUAAUGAUAUACGAUCUCUCUGGCUCGCCCGUGGCUGCUGCUUCCAUGAUCACCCCAUUUGUCCCAUCACCAGGCAUUGACCGAGUGUCUCGAUCGAACCCAGGUGCUUGGCUCAUCCUCCGUCCUCACGGGGCGUCCAUCAGCAGCUGGAAACCAUGGGGCCGUCUCGAGGCGUGGCGAGAGAGAGGCCCCAUUGAUGGCUUGGGCUACAAGUUUGAGCUGGUCACUGACAAUGGCCCUAGCAGCAGCAUUGCCAUUGCCGAGGCCACGAUGAGCAUAAAAAAGGGUGGCCAAUUUUGCAUAGAUGGUGGAAUAAUUAGAGAUACUGCAUUAAGUUUGAGGUCACCUGUGAAAGGUUUUGUGAUGGGUUCGACUGUGGAAGGUGAAGGAAAAGUAAGCAAGCCUCUUGUUCAAGUUGGAGUGCAGCAUGUAACUUGCAUGGCUGAUGCUGCCCUAUUCGUAGCACUUUCAGCUGCCAUUGAUCUUAGCAUGGAUGCUUGCAGACUUUUCUCCCGUAAACUCAGGAAGGAGCUUUGCCAUGAUGAACAAGAUUUCCUCUUUUAAUACCUUUUCCAAAUCUUCCCUUCUGAUGCUGUGAUAUCCAACUUGCUAGUUAAUUUCUUGCUCUUCACGAGCAAAUUCAGCCCUAGCAAGCCGGUUUGAGCCAAAAAACAUAUAAAUUUGCAUCUUUUUUUUUUUUUUAAAUUUAUUUUUAUCCCAAUUCUUUCAUCCUGAUUUUGUCCCCACAAUUCUUGAAACUUUCCUGUUUUUUUCUUUCUUUUCCUUCCCAUAUUCGGGUGUGUGGCUGCCUUCCUAUCUCCUAUCUGGUUUGCUGGUUUUCGCUGCCAUGAGUUUGGGUUUUGUCGAGACAUUAUGAUAAUGUCUGGGGAAGUUUCUCUCUUAUGACUGUAUUGUUCUAUGUACAAGUGUUGUACUUACAUUUUGAUAUAUAGUGUACAGACAGGCAAUUGCUAAUUAAUGGCAAUUUUUUUUUGUUCA